CACGCCUGCGCGUUGGGAAGGAAGUCCCGCCCCCAUUCUAGACCCCGCAUUUAAUUCGCUGCGCGGGGCGGGCUUUCGCAGUCCGGGUACCGAGAGUGCGGACGGGCUGCUGUCACCGUGACCAGAGGGGAGUGUGCUGGGAAGGGGCUUGAGCCCACCUUUACCAGGAGACUUUGGGAACCUCCAGUCUUGUAUCAACCCAGAAAGAUAGUGGUGUCCUUGGCUCUGCACCUAGUGUUCUCACACUGCCUCCAAGAUGUCAGCUAAAGCCAUAGAGAGUGGGGGAGGAGAUGCCACUGACCCCUUCCAGCUGGAAUCUCCCUCUUAUGAGGAGGAUGAACCUUCCCAGUUAUCCGACCAGGCCUCUGAUGGUUCUCCUGGGAAGCCACCACAGGGGCCACCCCAGGGGCCAGAUGGAUCUGGCUCUGACCCCAGAGACCCACCCAAGGAUGGAGGCAGCAAUUUCUCCCAUAAAGCAGGAAUGGCCUGUGCAGCCGUGAUUGGAGGAGCCCUGGCCGUGGGGGCUGUGCCCGUGGUGCUGGGCGCCAUGGGCUUCACCGGGGCAGGAAUCGCCGCCUCCUCCUUAGCGGCCAAGAUGAUGUCAGCGGCCGCCAUCGCCAAUGGGGGCGGAGUUGCCGCCGGCAGCCUCGUGGCCACUCUCCAGUCCGUGGGGGCAGCCGGACUUUCCAUGUCAUCCAACAUCAUCCUGGGCUCAGCUGGGUCAGCUUUGGGGGCCUGGUUUUGGGGUAGCAACGAGAAAGCCACUUCCCCUCCUCCACCAGGAUCCAGUACUGAAGCAGAGGGGGGCUCCCGUGCUGGAGAUGACUCUCCAGGGCCUCAGGAUGUCAGUCCCCCAAAUGACAAGUCCUCUGCCUCCUAAAAUUCUUCAAAGAAGCAUAGGAAAUAAAGACGAGACGCUGUGACCUUCA